AUGUCUGUUGUUCCCGAUAACUUUAAAGCUCAAAUCAACCAGGGUGUUCCCGGCAAUGUCAAGGCCAGACCAGACCCGUUGCCUGCAGGCAAGAAAAUUGCCCCCAACAAGAAGCUGCCCUGUGAGUUCGGCACCUCUUUCGAAGAAGGCGCCACAAAGACCCCUGUGAACGGGCGUGAUAGCAACACCGCAGCUGCAUUCGCCGAGGUGGAGGGUGCUUUGGGCGAAGGAGACUGGUCCAAAGCCAUCAGAGUGCUCUGGUACUUGAAGUUGAGCACCUUCAUCAACGAGGACUCUGCCAACGUGUGGGCGUACGUAGCAUUUGCAUUUGCCCACCUAGGUUUCUCCGAGCACGUUGGGUUUGCUUUGAAGAAGAUCAAGGAGGCAGGCUUGGACCAGACGGUGUUGAAGCCAGAGGUGAUGACCGAGUUGAAGAAGAUCAGCGCCUAA